GAAAACUAAAAGAGGAGUCAGAACAGAGGUGAAGCGAAAGAUUGGAGGCAGAGCCAAGAGUGUCGAGCAGAGUGAGAUAGGGAGGGUGAAAAGAGGGAGAUAGAGAGGAGGAUUCAUAUAGGAGUGUGCAGACAUCUGACAGCUCUCUCCUGCCGCCCUCACACAUUGCUAUCAUCCUCCCUGGUACCUGCGGGCUACAUGCUGAUACUCUCCGGCAGGUGACAAGUAAGUGACUCUUUCUGUGCACUCUGCUAUUUGCUGUCCUGGGGGCGGGUUCUAGCAGAUACCCUCUCUGCCUUUGAAGUCUCCUGGGUUAUAAACUCAGCUCCCUGUGGUUACCCACAUAUUUUCCAAUCUUGCCGGGGAAUAGACAAAUUCCACCUACAGAGCUGCUUUCUACCGACUGAGUCAGGAAAAAUAGCACUCCUUUAACCCUUUCUACACAGAAUGGUUUAUUUUCUCUACCCAUUAUUAACCCCAUCACCAAACCAAACACCAGGAAAAUGAUUAUGAAACUGUAAAGCCAGACAUGCUCCAACACUAAAGUAUCUGCAAAAUAUGAAUAAGAGCGUCUCUUAGAUACCUGAAUAUCUCUGUCUGUCUGUCUAUCUAUCAUAUUACAAAGAAAUGUGCCUCAGAGAAGACCACUUGCUAUCACCCAUUGUGGUCUUUUGAUACCUGCUGUAAGCCUUGCAUCAUAUGGGAAUGAUUUCUACAAUCAGGAUUAAAAAAAGAGUUUCUCAGAAUAGAUUUUUUUAUUUUGGCUUAAAGGAACACUACAGCUAUAUGAAUAUAAACAUGUGUUUUUUUCACCAUUUAGAUUUAGAUCCUCCCCCUUAAAUUUAAUUUUAAAAAAAGUUGUAAAAAUGUAUUACUUUCCCCAGCCUUGAGAUCCAGUCCCUGCAGUCACCAGAUCUGCUUCCCGCUACAUCAUGUUGACUUUUUAGCUUCUUGGCCAAUCUGGGGACAAGAGGCUAUUGUGUAGACAGCAACACGCUCCUCUAAACAAAUGCUCUCUAUGAGAAGCAUUUCAGGAUGUAUCUGUGAGAGCCGAGUCUCACAGUGGAAGCUCUUUUGUGGCUGUCGGCCACUGUAGGUCCUACAAUGAAAACAUUGCUGUAUCUACUAAACAGGGCUAAAAUAACAGGGCGCUGCACCCAGACCCAGGGCCGCCAUCAGGGGGUGACAACCGUGAUGGUUGUCAUGGGCCCGGCGGUCCUGGGGGGCACGGACUGCUCUGGCAGUCCUGGGCCCCACUUUCCCUUUCUGCACACAUAGAUAGCGAAUAUCGCUAUCUAUGUGUGCAGCCGUGGCCCCCCGGCUCCCUGUUACCGCAGAGGGGGCACAGCAGACUGCCUCUACUCUUCUCUUCUCUCUUCUAAUAACUCUUGCAAAACCCGCGGCCUUCUGAGCGUUGCCAUGGCAACGCCCCGCGCGGCACACAGGCCGCGGGUCUUGCGGCCAGGGCUGGGCCCCCUCUGCGGUAACAGGGAGCCGGGGGGCCCCCCAUGCCACCGGACCACCAGGGAUAGAAUCUGGACACAGCUAAGAAGGGAGGGGGGAAAUAACAUUUAAUUAAAUUUAAUAGAAAAUUACUGUGAAAAUGAACCCCUUCCUCCCCGCCCCCCCAGAUUGCACAUUUACAAACACACUGCAUACACUAACACAACACACACACACUGCAUACACUAACACAACACACACACUACAAACACAAACACACACACUGCAUACAUCAACACAACACACACACUACAAAUACACUAACACAACACACACACUACAUACACUAACACAACACACACACACACUGCAUACACUAACACAACACACACUCCGCUACACACUAACACACACUCUGCAUUCGCUACACAUUAACACACACUCUGCAUUCACUACACACUAACACACACACUACAUUCAUUACACUAGCACACUCUGCAUUCACUACACACUAACACACACUCUGCAUUCAUUACACACUAACACACACUCUGCAUUCACUAAACUAUGCACACACUCUGCAUUCACUAUACUGACACACACACUGCAUUUACUAUACUGACACACACUCUGCAUUCGCUACACAUUAACACACACUCUGCAUUCACUACACAUUAACACACACUCUUCAUUCACUACACAUUUACACACACUCUGCAUUCACUACACACUAACACACACACUACAUUCAUUACACUGACACACUCUGCAUUCACUACACACUAACACACACUCUGCAUUCAUUACACACUAACACACACUCUGCAUUCACUAUACUGACACACACUCUGCAUUUACUAUACUGACACACACUCUGCAUUCACUACACUAACACACACUCAUUAACAUUAACUGUACAAACAGCAUCCACUACACAAACAUCCUGUGUUCACAGUACACACACUACAUCCACCACAAAUUGAAACACUCUGCAUUCACUAUACACAGACACUGCAUCUAAUACACACACUACAUCCACUACAGACACUGCAUCCACUAAACACAUUUCAUCUAGUACACACAAACACUACAUCCACUACUCAAACACACCCUGCGUUCACUAUACACACUGCAUCCGCUACACAAACAUACACUCUGCAUUCACUGCACAAACAGUAUCUAAUACACACAAACACUACAUCCAUUACACACAUUCUAAUUCACUUCCACUAUACACACCACAUUCAGUCCUACAUCAUUGUCAGCGAACUAGGUAGGGUGUGGGCGGGCCCGGGGGGAGGGAUGGAGGAGGAGGAGGAGGGGUGGGGAGGGCCAGACCUUGUGCUUUGUCAGGGGGCCAAAAUUUCUGAUGGCGGUCAUGCCCAGACCACUUCACUGAGAUGAAGUGAUCCAGGUGCAUAUUGUAUCCCUUUAAUGGGCCUCUAUUGGGUGUAAAGAUCCUUCCCAAGAAAAGGUUAUAUGGAACAAAAAUCAGUGGGAUAAACCCAUUUCUAAAUAGGAACCCAGAUCAUAUCGAAUGGAGCAAAUAUCUUCAAAUGUUCCCUUAUGUCUCUUAAAACACAAGUGGUACUACUAGUAAGGGAAUUGUAUUUUCCUACCAGCCAGUGGAUAUUUAAAUAAUGAUGGGAAUUUUGCUAAAGUCAGUGUCCUGAGCUAUUGUAUGAGUGGAAGCCCAGAGAUCUUAACUUGAAAAUAUGCUGGCCAAUUGUAUACAGAUAAUAACUGAGAAUAAAAAACUGCAACACAAAGAGGAUUUUAAACCACUUUUUUUAUUUAAAGAAAUGGUGCACAGGUUAGUAUUUUAUAUAUUUAUAGAAUGCUAGAGUAUGUUCCAGGCCUCUUUAAUGACAUUUCUGCCUCAUAAGUACAGGAAAUUGGAGCUUUGUUGUCUAAAACAAAUAUAUCCAUCUCUUAAUUAAAUACUGCCGUUGUUUCUCAGCACAGAAAUCAAUGAUAAUCGUGUAUUGGCUACCAAUGAUAAUUAUUUACCUAGACUGGUCUGAAAAGCCAAUUAUUCCAUGGAUUUAUUUACUAAACAUUUAAAAAUGAUAGAGACUUGAAAACACAGUUUGCUAAAUUUAGGCGCUACUAGCCAUGGAGACAACAUACAUGAGUUGGAUUUUUUUCCCAACUCCUCUGUUUUAGAUUACAUUUUGCAGUUUAUGUUUUUAGAACACUGUGUAUUUUAUAAACCCUUAGGUGCUUUGCUGUGGACUGAUGCUUUUGCUGUAUCAACAUUGCCAUAAUCUAAGGUUUGUAGUAAUCAGUCAUUUCUAAUCAAAUAAUUGAGGAAAUGGCCACACAUCUGGAAAUAAUUGACAGACUAUAUGAUAGGGUACAUUUAAAAAUCCUAACAAUAUUCAUACUCUCUGCUUACCCAGUUACCAUUAUCUAGGCCCCUUCUGCAAUUACUUAUGUUUGGCUGAAAUGAGUGAAUCAAUGAGCAACCAAUCAAUAACCCUCCAGCUUUUAUCAAACUUCAACUUCGUCAGCCUCUUGCUGGCAAAACAUCAUAGCAGUUGUACUUUUAUAACAGCUGAAGAGUAAUCCGGUGACCUACUGGCAGCAGAGAAUACAAUUAUGGUAGUUAAUUAAAAUAUAUCAGAUGAAGAAGAUUACAAAAGAUAAAUUGCUUGGUUUAUGUCCACACUACAGAGAGCUGUAGGUAUAAUUGCAUUUCCAGCAUUAUUAUUUGAGCUAUGUUUAGAUUAACCAUGAAAGCACAUUUUCAGAGCAAAAUUAUCGUAAACAUAUUUCAGAGAUUUUGUAAUCAUUUAUUUAUUUAUUUGCAGGUUCUACCCCGGGAAUUUGUUAUUAAUUUAUUUUGUUUAAAAUGGAGGACUACCUUCGCCUUCUCUACCUAAAUCUGUCCGGACGUCUGGGUCCCAACUGGGAAGGUGAGGAUCCUUGCACAGAUUCUGUUGGCAAUGUGACCUUCCUUGUAAUAGCCUAUAGUGCUCUGAUUGCUGUUGGACUCAUCGGAAACUCUUGUUUGGUUUUUGUCAUUGCUCGUCAACGGGAAAUGCAUAAUGUCACCAAUAUUUUUAUUGCCAAUCUAUCUUGUUCUGAUAUUCUUAUGGCUUUGGUGUGUCUGCCUGUUACUGUCAUCUACACGCUGAUGAAUCGCUGGAUCCUGGGGGAGGCACUCUGUAAGGUGACACCUUUUGUACAAUGCAUCUCUGUUACAGUAUCUGUGCUCUCAUUGGUCCUCAUUGCUUUGGAAAGACACCAGCUCAUUAUCCAUCCAACAGGUUGGAAACCGUUGCCAUGGCAUGCCUAUCUUGCCGUAGCUGUCACCUGGGCUGUGUCCUGCUUCAUUUCGCUACCUUUCCUCUCCUUCAGUAUCCUCACCAAGCACCCAUUCCAGAAUCUUUCACUGCCAUUUGACCCGUUCAUUGACUACUUUGUUUGUACGGACAGCUGGCCCUCUGAGAACCACCGACUAGCUUACACCACCUGCCUCCUGCUCUUCCAGUACUGCCUGCCACUGCUGCUCAUCCUUUUAUGCUAUCUGCGCAUUUUCCUAAGACUGCGGAGAAGGAGAGACGUGGUGGAGCGAGCAGGAGGUGGGGAAGCAGGAGGUCGCAAAGGAGGACAUCGUAGGGUCAAUAUUAUGCUGCUUUCAAUUGUUGUAGCCUUUGGGCUGUGCUGGCUUCCACUCACUGUUUUCAACGCUCUCUUUGACUGGAAUCAUGAUUAUAUCUCUGUCUGCUAUCACAACCUCAUAUUCUCCCUCUGCCAUCUCGCAGCUAUGGCAUCCACUUGUGUCAACCCAGUUAUGUAUGGGUUCCUCAACAGCAACUUUCAGAAAGAAGUGAAGACGCUAUUGCUCCGUUGCCGAUGUGCUGGAGGAAGGGACCGAUAUGAAAGUUUCCCCCUCUCUACAGUUAGCACUGAAGUAUCAAAAGCAUCUCUGCAGAGUGUCACUAAUGGAAACAAUGCAUGAGGCUACAUGCCUAAUCUGAAGUGUUAUGGAGUGAGGUGUAGUGGACAGUUCAUUCUGAUCAGAGAUUCUGCCUUAGAUCUAACCCAUAUUAACACAGGUGUAGUAUCACAAACUUACUGCAAUCAAGGGAUUCUAUCCUAUUAUACCACUACUUCUCGUGUCUUGUCAGGUUUACCACUUGCACAGCUUAUGCACCAGUUCUAGGUUUGCAAUCUCACAUCCAGCUUCAGUGACUUCACAAAAUGGUCAGGGGGUCAUAUAUUGCACCAUUAAGGUCUAAAUAUGUCCUAUCCUCAAAACUUCAAGUAUCUAGGUUUUAGUGUGGCACUUUGGUAUACAAAAAUAACAUUAAUAUUAUUUAUAAAGCACCAACAUAUCACUCAGCACUGUAGAAUAGGUGGACUAACAAACAAGUAAAUUGUUGUAAGACAAUUCGGAUGUAUAGGAAUAGAAGUUGGACCCUCUUAUUUUUUCACAACUACACUUUCUGCCUGUCACUGACAAAACCAUAUUCAAGCAUUAGUCAACCUUCUAUCUUGAUUCUGUAUAGAACAAUGAAAUAGCAUAAGAUGUCUCACUGUUCAGUAUAUAUUAUCCAAGACAAAUGUAUUCCACGUUAUAUGAGUGAAUGUGUCAAAUAUGGUAUUUUUAUCAUGACUUUAAUUGAAGCUCACAAAAGCUAUCAAUUUCAUUGAUAUACUUUUAAAAUGAAAAACAAACAAAACACUUUUCUUCAUAAGAAGAAUAAUCUAAGAAUGAUUGCAUUCCAAAAUGUCAAUUUAAAAUCUUAAAAAACACAUCAGAAUGUCUCAAUCCAUUAGCAGCUGAGCUUCUCCUGCAUCAUCAGGAGAUUUUAGUAAAGGACAACAUAAAGUAACCUAAAUAAUAUGUCUAUCUUUAUUGUUUUAUAUACCUUUUAUAUACACUGCCCUUCUUCUGAGUCAUGGUUUAACAUUGAGGAAUGUGUGAUUGUGCCUAGAAAUCUUAUCAUUAAUGUUGCCAAAUUUUUGGAAAAGGCGGGUAUGAAAGACACAGCAGACCUGCCAUUGCACACAGUGCCCUUUGAUAUGUAUUUAUGACAAUGUGUAGGUAAAAAUAUGUUUCUCUCUGUUUGGGAAUGCUGACACUACCAGCGUGGGAUGUAACACAGUAUAAUACCUGUAUGAUUGAUGGUAUGACUAGCUCUAGUGCUGCCUAUGCAGAGUUGCGCUUUAUACAUAUUCCCUGAUUGAGCAGGGAGUUUUGAUUGCUUUCCUCUUAGGGGCAGACCAUUGUUGAUGCUGCCUUUCUCAAUCUGUUCUCUGCAUACAUGCCAUGGUUUAAACAUGUAUGUUAGUGGGGCAGGCUGGCCCUGCUCUUACUGUGUUGCUGCUGUCCACAAUCAGAAAAGGAUCAAGAUCCAACUGGGUCUUAGGCAGGUAACCAGUUUGGGGCCCCCUUCAAUCUUCACAUAGUGGUGGCGGAUGGGUCAAAUAUCAAGUUCUGGGCCCCUGUCUAACUCCUAAGCCCUAUGGGUAAUACUAGCCUGUCCAUACUGUACCUGUGUUUUGUGUCCAUGAUAUAGUCCCUUCUGUGAAUUGGGUAGUCGGGAACUGCCUUCACUGUGAUUGUUUUGUAAGUAUUGAUAAGUGAGACUCGCACUGCUUUGACUGGGCACAAGCAGGUAUUUUGUAAACAUUUCUUCUUGUGAAAGGGUCUACUUAAUUCAGUAUUUAUUUAUAUUGAGCCUUUGUUUCAUUCAUAUAUGUAUAUAAAUGUAGAUACAUAUAGUAUAUACACAGAGAGCUGAGCAUGGAUAUUUUAUAUGCCCCGCACUGACACUGUUUUAUGUCUUAAUUAAUAAAAUAAAUAAAGGUAUGAGUUAUAA